GCCGUCUCCUUACUCCGGACUUCUUCCGCUGGCCGCCCCCGUCGGCGGUUCUCUACAUGGACACCCUGGUCUGCGAAGAUUCCUCCCGCCACCAGCUCCCGCUCCUUCGCGUCCCCGCUGACUUUGAGAAAUUUUUUAACACUCUCCAGCUCCCCCUCAUUGAUGCCAUGCAGCAGGGUCGUGGCUUCCCCGACGCGGUGCGGCGCCUACACCAGGCUCUCUUUGCCCCGGCGCGUGUGUGUUUAGACACCCGGGUGGGUCUCACGUCCCCCCUGCCGGUCACGCGCGGGCUUCCGCAAGGUGCC